UCGCGAGAGCAGGGAGAGGAAGGGGAGGAGGAGGCGGCCCGGUUGCUGUCAAAGAUUACAGAGCUCCUCUAUUAUCUUUGGUUGCUGUCGCCGCCGCCGCCGCCGCCGCUCAUCGUCCUCGGCUCCGUUGGACGCGGGGCCGCCGCCAGCACCGACCGGGACACAAGGUUGAUCAUUUGUUGCUCUCCAGUCUGGAGGGAAGGCUACAUUCCACCCGACAGUAACGAUGCCACCCAAAUUUAAACGGCAUUUGGAUGACGAUGAUGUGACAGGUUCUAUCAGAAGUGAAAGGCGGAACUUAUUGGAAGAUGACUCUGACGAAGAAGAAGAUUUUUUUCUGAGGGGCCCUACUGGACCUAAGUUUGGACCAAAGAAUGACAAGAUCAAACAUGUUCAGAAUCAAGUAGAUGAAGUCAUUGAUGUGAUGCAAGAAAACAUCACCCGAGUGAUUGAACGAGGAGAGCGUCUUGAUGAACUACAAGACAAGUCUGAAAGUUUAUCUGAUAAUGCCACGGUUUUCAGCAACAGAGCAAAGCAGUUGCGACGUCAGAUGUGGUGGCGAGAGUGUAAGAUGAAGGUCAUCAUAUCAGUGGUUGUCGUAAUUGUCUUGUUAGUUAUUAUAAUACCUGUAAUUUUGAAGAAUCGUUCCUGAUAAUGAGACACGCACAGCGACAACGCAGAAAAGUUGCUGCCUCCGUCUCCAAAAAACAACUUGAGAUACAUGUAGAAUAUCUCCGUUGCGGUUCUAUCAACAUUUUACAGAAGAAAUCUGCACUUAUGAGCACUCACCUCAAUGAAUUCCUUUCUGGAAUAGGGAGCCAAUACAUUACCUAACUGCUGUCUACAAGAAGGGUAGUCUGUUUCCUUAUAAGCAUAUUGCAUCAUUACCAUGAUAUAUUUUGUUUUGUAAACCCUUCACUGAUAAUUUGAUUUUGGUGAAAUCUGGUAUCUAUGUCAUCUAUUUCACCCCCCCCCCCCCCCCCC